CUUUUUACGUUUGACCGUGAGGAUGUUUGAACUGUACAUGCUGCAUUGAACUGAAAUAAAAUACCGAACACAAUGACAGUAUUGGGUUUGCUCCAGUUUCUCGGGCGUUCGUUGCAUCGUCUGGAACUCCGUUUAGCACAAGCGGCUGGAUUUGACAGCUUAGGUCCAGCUCUUGCAGUAAAUGGUCCCAGCGUUCUUCCUCAGCCCCAUCACAGCAGCAAUGAAGAAAACUCUCAGCCCAGUUUUAUGGACAGUAUCUUUUGGAUGGCAGCACCUAAAAAGAGAAGAACCAUUGAAGUGAACCGCUGUAGAAGACGAAACCCAAAUAAAAUGAUAAAAGUCAAGUACAACAUUGAGCCAUGUGUAGAGUGUGGAAACAUGAAACUGAAGCACACUCUUUGUGGAUUCUGUUAUGAAAAGAUCAGCAAGGAGACAACCAACAUAAGGAGGCAAAUAUCUGUGAUGGAAGGUGGACCUCUGAAAGCUCCCGCUGUCGAGUCUGUGGUGUUGUAUGACAGUGAAAAGCCAUCUGAUGCAGAUCAGGGCAAGCGGAUAGUCGAACGCAACAGAAAACGUCCAUAUUGGUUUAGCUUGUGAUUGCAGUGAAAUAAAAAAACCUUUGUUUUGUUAAAUAAGAAA